GGAGAGAGAAGACAGAGAGGGGGAGAGAGAGAAGAGAAGCAGUUGAGUUAGCAAGAAAGUACCUGAGAAAGGUGUGUCAAUGAAGCCUCAUUCACUUCCUUGAAACUAUAUAAAGCCGACUUAAAUUAAAUCUCAAAAGUACAUUACAAAUGAUGCCUUGUGGAGGUACUGAAGCAGCUGAUCAAGGGACUGAUCAAAAAAGAAAACGUUAGAACUAUACUAAAAUGCCAUUAACAAAAAAGGAAGUACUAAUAGUAUUAUGUGUACUAAUAGUAUUAUGUAUAGUGAUCAUUGUUGUAGCAGUAACUCAGACACAAAGUAAAGUACCAGAUCAGACACCAGAUUCUAAAUUUCACCAUGCCUUGUUUCACCUAAAAACAAAGGUUUACAAAGAGUUGGAGGAAAUUACUUAUUUGCAGUGGAUGAAAGAUGAGAAACAGCAAGUAGGCGACAUAGAAUUGAUCAAUGGAACCUAUAUUACUAUACCACAAGAUGGAGUUUAUGACAUAGAAUGUGAAGUGCAACUUUAUUUUUCAGAAGAUACACCAGACUUUCAUUUAUUCCUAACUUUGUACACAAAGAAUGAAACAAAGAUUGAAUCUAAGAAAAAGACUUUAGAUUCCUUAGAUAAAACAAAACAUGUGCCAAUAGGAUUAUCAGUUAAAUACAAAUUGAAAGCUAAUGACAGAAUCUUUCUGAAGAUGAACAUGGUAAAAUUCAUCAGCCCUGACAAGCACUCAAGCCACCUGUCUAUCACCGUUUUGAACAUAAAUGAUCCUCAAUAAAAAGAGAGUGACAGCACUCUCAUUUUAUUGAGGGUCAUUUAUUUUAACCCUUUCGUUACCAGCCCGGCUCUGAGUACAAAUGUCUUGUUUUCAUAAGUUUUGAACUAAAAUCUUCCACCAAA